CCCCCUAGUCCAUUGCUCCCUCUCCCUUUCUCUUUUUCUCUCUUUUUCAUUCUCUCACUCCUUCCAUAUCAGAAGCCCGCAGAGUAGAGCAGUGUCCGUGUGGGAUGCGAGAAGCCAAUGAGAUGAGGACCCGAUAAUAGAUGCAAAUUAUCGUGAAAAGACACCGCAAAAUAUGAAACAACUCAUUUGCAGCGGAGUAAAUCACAGAAAACUGUUUGUAAACUGGCACCUCAUACCAGAAUUGUGAUGCAGGAGCACUUCAGUGGAGACGAUUUUAUGGAAUCGGCAUGAUUGUGGCUUCGGCUAUUUAGAUUGGGUGUUUUGAAAUACAACAUCAGUCCAUAUAUUGCGAACCAGCUUGGGUUCUUUCUUUUUUUUUCACCCAAUAACUCUUCAAUUGCCUUCCUCUCGAGCGCUUGAGUCUUUAUAAUCACAAACAACAACAAAACCAACAACAACAAAAGAUGAGUUCAUAUUUUGUCAACUCUCUCUUCUCCAAAUACAAGAGCGGAGACUCUUUACGUCCCAAUUAUUACGAGUGCGGGUUCGCGCAGGACCUUGGGAGUAGACCCACAGUAGUGUAUGGACCAGGCACUGGAGCAACUUUCCAACAUCCCCCUCAAAUCCAGGAAUUUUACCACCACGGAGCGUCCACGCUCUCCAGUGCCCCUUACCAACAGAGUCCCUGCGCCGUAACAUGCCAUGGAGAGCCGGGCAACUUCUACGGGUACGACGCUCUCCAGAGGCAAACCCUUUUUGGACCCCAGGACGCAGAUUUGGUCCAGUACAACGACUGCAAGCUAGCCGCUGGUGGUAUCGGGGAUGAGACGGAGAGCACGGAACAGAGCCCCUCUCCAACGCAGUUAUUCCCAUGGAUGAGACCGCAAUUAGCUGCCGGACGGAGGCGAGGCCGACAGACCUACAGCCGUUACCAGACACUGGAGCUGGAGAAAGAGUUCCUAUUCAACCCCUACCUGACCCGCAAGCGGCGAAUAGAGGUAUCGCACGCCCUGGGACUGACCGAGAGACAGGUCAAAAUCUGGUUUCAGAACAGGAGGAUGAAAUGGAAAAAGGAAAACAACAAGGACAAAUUCCCCAGCAGUAAGACAGAGCAGGAAGAGAUCGAGAAGGAGAAACGACAGAAGGAGCAGGGCGCGGGGACACACUCGUCCGGGGAAGACUGCGACAAAGCCAAGCAAAUGUAAGCUAUAGGGAGACUGGGGGGUCGACUUUGGCUAGUCGUUCCAGGUUUGAUUCAUUCGAAGGGAAAGUCUCCUGACGGUGACAAAGGACAGGACCAUCCACAUUGUGGUUGUUGGGAGACAAAAUGAAACAUUUGAACGGGAAAUGAAGCAUUUGUACUUUUUAUCUGAUGUUGGAAAUUAUUAUUGUGUUAAAAAUAGAGUCCUUUCAUUGUGGAACAAUUAUCGUGAAAAAAAAAACAUUUAUAUUGUUAGAAUUUUGUCAUUAACAAUUAUCUCGGCAGCUGUAUAGUUUUUAAGUUAAAUGGUGCACUUUUUACUGUUCUCACUUCUAUGUUAUGACGUCGUGGCGAAUAAUGAAUUCCAACAACAUGAAACUGCCUAUUUAUGCUGUAUAGGCUUUCCUAUUUUUACACUUGUCCUUCCUUAGUUCGUUUUGAUUGAUGGUAUUUUGUUGUCUUCCUUAUUUGGGUAAGCAUGCGCACAGUGCAAAAAUUGAGAGAAAAAAAAGAAUAAAAAUGCAAUGGAAAUAAAAAAGGAUGUCAUGUGACCCCUCGUUUAAACAGAAUGUGUACUGUAGGCUACUCGUGAAUUAGUUUAUGGGGACUUGAUGAUAUGCUUUAUUGUUCUUCAUCACUUUGUUCUAUUGUCUAAACCUGGAAGCGGCGGAAGACAGAGGACACAAUAAAGUUUACAAGCGAGAAUCUGU